CAGGUGCAAAUGUUUCCACUAGAUGGCAGCAAUGAGGCAAACUUCCUGUUUUAAAAUACGUAUUUUAUAUUCUUAUGUCAAUACUAAAAAGAGCUGCAGGAGGUAAUAAUCCACAAGUUUUUGCUAUUUGCUGAGGGAGAUGUGUAUAAUUAUAAUAACCAUUUUCUUCUGUGUACGCAGAUACUAUACAAUGGGAAAAUACUAAUAAAAACAUGACUUUGCUUUAUCCAAGUAAUAGUAGUAGUAGUGGUAUAACAAUUAUUAGCAGUAGUAGCAGUAGCGGGAUUAUUAUUAUUAUUAUUAUUAUUAGUAGUAGUAGUAGUAGUAGUAGUAGUAGUAGUAGUAAUAUUAGUAGUAGUAUUAAUGGUGGUGGUAUUAUUAUUAUUAGUAGUAGUAGUAGUAGUAGUAGUGGUAGUAGUGGUAUUAUUUUUGUUAGUAGUAGUAUUAAUGGUGGUGGUAUUAUUAUUAUUAUUAUUAUUAUUAGUAGUAGUAGUAGUAGUAGUAGUAGUAGUGGUAUUAUUAUUAUUAGUAGUAGUAGUAUUAAUGGUGGUGGUAUUAUUAUUAUUAUUAUUAGUAGUAGUAGUAGUAGUAGUAGUGGUAUUAUUAUUAGUAGUAGUAGUAUUAAUGGUGGUGGUAUUAUUAUUAUUAGUAGUAGUAGUAGUGGUAUUAUUAUUGUUAGUAGUAGUAUUAAUGGUGGUGGUAUUAUUAUUAUUAUUAUUAGUAGUAGUAGUAGUAGUAGUAGUAGUAGUGGUAUUAAUGGUGGUGGUAUAAUUAUUAUUAUUAUUAUUAGUAGUAGUAGUAGUAGUAGUAGUAGUAGUAGUAGUAGUGGUAUUAAUGGUGGUGGUAUUAUUAUUAUUAUUAUUAUUAUUAGUAGUAGUAGUAGUAGUAGUAGUAUUAGUAGUAGUAGUAGUAGUAGUAUUAGUAGUGGUAUUAUUAUUAUUAUUAUUAGUAGUAGUAGUAGUAGUGGUAUUAAUGGUGGUGGUAUUAUUAUUAUUAGUAGUAGUAGUAGUAGUGGUAGUAGUAGUAGUAGUAGUAUUAAUGGUGGUGGUAUUAUUAGUAGUAGUAGUAUUAAUGGUGGUAGUAUUAGUAGUAGUAUUAGUGGUAUUAUUGUUGGUAGUAGUAGUAUUAUUAUUAGUAGUACUGGUGGUAUUAUUGUUAGUAAUAGUAGUAUUAAUGGUGGUGGUAUUAUUAUUAUUAUUAGUAGAGGUGGUAUUAUUGUUAGUAGUAAUAGUAUUAUUAGUAGUAGUAUUAAUGGUGGUAUUAUUAUUAUUAACAGUAGUAGUAGAUUUACAUUUUAUUGCAUUUGGCAGACGCCCUUAUCCAGAGCGACUUACAUUUGUCUCAUUUGUACAACUGAGCAAUUGAGGGUUAAGGGCCUUGCACAAGGGCCCAACAGUGGUAGCUUAGCAGUGCUGGGGCUUGAACUCCUGUCCUUCUGAUCAGUAACCCAGAGCCUUUAACCACUGAGCCACCACUGCCCCAGUAAUAAUAAUAGUGGUAUUAUUAUUAUUAUUAUUAUUGUUGUUGUUGUUGUUGUUGUUGUUGUUGUUGUUGUUGUUGUUGUUGUUGUUGUUGUUGUUGUUAGUAGUAGUAGUAGUAGUAUUUAGUAGUAUUGAUUCACGUUUUACCUGCUGCAGUAUAUUAAUUGGAAGCGUGCAUUAUAAACUUUGUACCAUUACCGGCCAGUCGGUGGCGCGCGUGCAUGAAUUUCAGCACCGGGAGCGCGCGCCUUCAGAUGCGCGCAGUUCAGUCUGGUGUCUGCACGGAGGGAUGUAGGAGUGCAGGACCAAGUUCGCGUCCUCGGAACAUGGACCUCUCCUGCGGUUUAAUUUUUUAUUAAUUUUUUUUUUUAAAUAAAGUAAAUAAAUAAAUCAAUGAGUGCUGCAGGGGCGUUUCUUCUGAAAGCUUCGUUUCUGUCCUUGGAAAUGAAAUACGCGUCUGCGCAGCUGGAUUUUAUCAAGCCUAUAACUUCAAAAGUGGAACAACUGUUACGUUCGGGUUCACGUCCAGUGAAGAGAUUCUUUUUAUUGAGUUGCUCAUGAUUGGCAGAAUUUAUCAGGAGCUCCAUCUUCAGUGCAGAAGUAGGAGUGUGUGUAAGUCUCAGUGACUGGACAUUAUCAGGGUCCGUCCAUGUCAUUUACCGCCCCUGAGUGGACAUCAUGGACUUCAACCAUUGAAGGAAAAACUGCUUGACAUCAGAACUCGUCCUGUGUGACCCCCAUCACUCAGUUCAGUGUGUCAGUUUUCUCAUCAUGGGCACCGCUUUGUCCCUCUCUCCGGGUCCCCAAAAAUCUGAUUACUAUGACGACCGGCCUAACUCCCUCAGCCGCUACCCGAGCUUGAGCAGCCGCUCUUUGACCACUCAGAAGGAGCACGGGCUCAAAUCACGAGGACAGUCUAUCUUCCUGCCUGCUCUCACCUGGAAACGUUUGGUGGCCUCCACUAAGAAACGGAGUACCUCCAAGAAAGGGUUUCCCACCAGCCAAGGCGCCAUUGGAGCUCCACUUCGCAACAACAACCACAUCUUCCAGAAGGACCCUGUCUUACACCUGAACCGGGAGAAUGUAAAAAAGUCCCUCUCAUGUGCAAACCUUUCCAGCUAUGAAGGUCCAGCAGGUCUGGGCUUGGGAAUGGGGUUGAACUUGGGCUAUGUUAAACAACAGCAGCUUUCCUCAGUCAAAAAGGCUUCUCACGGAAACUCUUCACCGAAACGUGUGAUUGUCCAAGCGUCUACAAGCGAGCUGUUGCGAUGUUUGGGCGAAUUUCUAUGCGGACGAUGUUAUCGGCUCAAGCUCCUUUCCCCCUCCGAUCCGGUUCUGUGGUUGCGUGCUGUAGAUCGCUCACUUCUACUCCAGGGCUGGCAGGACCAAGCCUUUGUGACGCCAGCGAAUGUAGUGUUUAUCUAUAUGUUGUGCCGAGACGUGGUGGAUGGCGAGGUUGUGUCCUCAGAACAUGAACUCCAAGCUGUCCUUCUCACCUGCCUCUACCUGUCCUACUCAUACAUGGGCAAUGAGAUCUCUUACCCACUCAAGCCCUUCCUGGUGGAGGCAGCUAAGGAGGCAUUUUGGGACCGAUGCCUGACCAUCAUCAAUGCCAUGAGUGCCAAGAUGCUGCGCAUCAAUGCGGACCCGCAUUUUUUCACUCAGGUAUUUGCGGAACUGAAAAGCGAAGGUGGAUGCGGACUGCAGGAUUAUGGACGAUUGCUGGAUCGGUGAGUGAAGAGGGAGAACUUCCUCCUUCACUGCAUCCCCAGUAGUAACCUUUGUGUUCUUCUCCAAGUCCUGCUGUGAAGAAUCUCUUAAUACCUCUGUGGUGUAAAGAUCUGUAGGGUCACUCUAAAUCAGUCCAUCACCAUUGGGUCACAGUGUGUCGGGCACUUGACCUCGUUUCAACACUGAUAUUGACUUCGUAGAUGUUAAAACUGGAAAGCGGAUCUGUUUGCAUUUUCAGACAGACGUGAACGUGCCGUGAACGUGAAGUAUGUUUUUGCAAAUCCCUCUGCGUUUCGACACAUAGAUUGGAAGCAGUUUUCGCCAACUACGACGGAUCCUAAUAUAGUUUUGGGAUCCUGCGUUUUUUUUCUCAAGGGGAAGCACUGGAUUAGAGAUGAAACUGUGUGAUGUUAAAGAAGUCAGGCUGCUCACCUUCGACACAAGCCACAAAUCUGCCACCUGAGCCCUUUUUAACCCUAAAUCUCUGUCUAAAACUAUCCACAUAACGAAUGGCACAUGCCUGAUAAUACUUGACCGAUGGGUAGUCCAUGCAGAGUGUUGGGAUGCUGUCCAUCUUUACUAAGUAGUCCACCUAUCCCAUGGCAAAAUGUUAGCAGACACAAUGUUUUCUGGAAACAUUUAGAGGACAAGACCAAUG